ACGUGUUUCGCCGCCGCCGAUUCGAUCACCGCCUUCAAGCUUAUUGAACUGGGCGUGUCCAAAGAGCGAAUGGCAUUCUUAGGAGUUGUCCUACUUCCAUUUCAAGCCAUUCUCCCGCUUCUGAUCACCCGAUGGACAAACGGACCAUCUCCCUUGAGUCUUUACUCGUGGGUCAUUUUACCACGAUUUUUCUCAGCUGCCCUUACAGUCCCAUUGGUGUAUUACACACCAUAUUUUCAACAGGCGCUGCCUGUUGCCGCCUCUAUCAACUCGACCUCAUUCCCGCCCAACGGAACCGCGGAUGCAAACCCGGUCCAUCAUUUCACCUGGUCAUUCUAUUCUGUCCUAUUGGCCUAUAUGGUUCUCCAUUACGUUUUGACCAAUAUUGCGUUUGUCAGUCAGAUGGCAUUCCAUGCCCGGAUUAGUGAUCCCGUCGUCGGGGGGACCUAUAUGACCUUGUUGAAUACGGCCUCGAAUAUGGCUUCCACCUUACCGAGCACCAUCCUAAUGUAUUUGAUCGAGCCACUGACCAGACGCGAAUGUGGCAAUGCGGAUCCCCUCAAAGCUGGCAGGGCUAUUCUGGAGAAAGCGAACAGCACAAGCAUUCCAAAUGUGAAUCAGAUAAUCGAAUUGGGUCAGUCGUGGAUCUCGAAGAACGCCACUUGCAAACCGAGUGCGGGUGUCAAGGUCUGGAAAUCCGGCAGACUGGAUCGUCUAUUUAACUACUUUGCUCAAUUUGGGCUUGUUUCGUGUACGGGUCUCUAA